AUGCCUAAAACUAAAAAGGGUAUUCUGAUCGAAACAGAUAAAGCCACAAAAAUAUACUUACUCACAUUCAAGGACAAAGAGAACUUCAUUAUCAAGGACUUAGAUGACAAUUCACUUUUCAUUGAAGAGGCUAAGCUUGAUUGGGUGAAGGAAAAAGUGCUUGAAUUCAAAAAUAAGUACUCUUAUGAAAAACCUCAAGUUGGCAAUCAAAAGUGA